UCGGACUUGGCCGGGCCUGGGGCGGCGGAGGAGCGCGGCCGUGCCCACGAGCUUCUGGUGGGGUCGCACCUGUUGCGUGGCUCCCUACCCACUGCAGCUACUGGAGUGCGAUCCCGAGUCCCCCGGGAGGCGUGAGAGGAGCCGGGUCGAGUUCCGGGCCCGCUCCCUGGGGAGCACGUGGCCUGCCGGCCUCUGGAGUGUGGGGCCGGAGUCGGGGGAGUUGGGUCCCCGGGGUCUCCCGGCAGUUUGUGAAGGCUGCCUUCUCGCCCGCGUCCAGGUGCCAGGGUCGGGGCCCGGGGUCCCGCGCCCCAGCCCGCCUUCGUGGCUCUUUAGAUCCUGGCGGGCCGACUCCCCGGGACCUCGCAGGGCUCGGGCAGCAUGAGCUCAGACACUCGGGGAGGCUUGGGGGCCCCCCCGCUGCAGUCUGCUCGCUCCCUGCCGGGUCCUGCCCCCUGCCUCAAGCACUUCCCGCUGGACCUGCGCACCUCGAUGGACGGCAAAUGCAAGGAGAUCGCCGAGGAGCUGUUCAGCCGCUCGCUGGCCGAGAGUGAGCUCCGCAGUGCCCCGUACGAGUUCCCCGAGGAGAGCCCCAUUGAGCAGCUGGAGGAGCGGCGGCAGCGCCUGGAGCGGCAGAUCAGCCAGGAUGUCAAGCUGGAGCCAGACAUCCUGCUUCGGGCCAAGCAAGAUUUCCUGAAGACAGACAGUGACUCGGACCUCCAGCUCUACAAGGAGCAGGGCGAGGGGCAGGGGGACCGGGGCCUGCGGGAGCGCGACGUGGUGCUGGAGCGCGAGUUCCAGCGUGUCACCAUCUCCGGGGAGGAGAAGUGUGGGGUGCCAUUCACAGACCUGCUGGACGCCGCCAAGAGCGUGGUGCGGGCGCUCUUCAUCCGGGAGAAGUACAUGGCCCUGUCGCUGCAGAGCUUCUGCCCCACCACCCGGCGCUACCUGCAGCAGCUGGCCGAGAAGCCUCUGGAGACGCGGCCCUACGAGCAGGGCCCGGACACCCCCGUGUCUGCCGAUGCCCCGGUGCACCCCCCGGCGCUGGAGCAGCACCCCUACGAGCACUGUGAGCCCAGCACCAUGCCUGGGGACCUGGGCCUGGGCCUGCGCAUGGUGCGGGGCGUGGUGCAUGUCUACACCCGCAGGGAGCCCGACGAGCACUGUACCGAGGUGGAGCUGCCCUACCCUGACCUGCAGGAGUUUGUGGCCGACGUCAACGUGCUGAUGGCCCUCAUCAUCAACGGCCCCAUAAAGUCCUUCUGCUACCGCCGGCUGCAGUACCUGAGCUCCAAGUUCCAGAUGCAUGUGCUGCUCAACGAGAUGAAGGAGCUGGCGGCCCAGAAGAAGGUGCCGCACCGGGACUUCUACAACAUACGCAAGGUGGACACGCACAUCCACGCUUCGUCCUGCAUGAACCAGAAGCAUCUGCUGCGCUUCAUCAAGCGGGCGAUGAAGCGGCAUCUGGAGGAGAUCGUGCACGUAGAGCAGGGCCGGGAGCAGACGCUGCGCGAGGUUUUUGAGAGCAUGAACCUCACGGCCUAUGACCUGAGCGUGGACACGCUCGACGUGCACGCGGACAGGAACACCUUCCACCGCUUCGACAAGUUCAACGCCAAGUAUAACCCCAUCGGGGAGUCUGUCCUCCGGGAGAUCUUCAUCAAGACCGACAACAGGGUGGCCGGCAAAUACUUUGCGCACAUCAUCAAGGAGGUGAUGUCCGACCUGGAGGAGAGCAAGUACCAGAACGCGGAGCUGCGGCUGUCCAUCUACGGCCGCGCCCGGGAUGAGUGGGACAAGCUGGCACGCUGGGCGGUCAUGCACCGCGUGCACUCCCCAAAUGUGCGCUGGCUCGUGCAGGUGCCCCGCCUCUUCGACGUGUACCGCACUAAGGGCCAGCUGGCCAACUUCCAGGAGAUGCUGGAGAACAUCUUCCUGCCUCUCUUCGAGGCCACGGUGCACCCCGCCAGCCACCCUGAGCUGCACCUCUUCUUGGAGCACGUGGACGGCUUCGACAGCGUGGACGAUGAGUCCAAGCCCGAGAACCACGUGUUCAACCUGGAGAGCCCGCUGCCCGAGGCGUGGGUGGAGGAGGACAACCCGCCCUACGCCUACUACCUGUACUACACCUUUGCCAACAUGGCCGUGCUCAACCACCUGCGCAGGCAGAGGGGCUUCCACACGCUCGUGCUGCGGCCGCACUGCGGGGAGGCUGGGCCCAUCCACCACCUGGUGUCGGCCUUCAUGCUGGCUGAGAACAUCUCCCACGGGCUGCUCCUGCGCAAGGCCCCCGUCCUGCAGUACCUGUACUACCUGGCCCAGAUCGGCAUCGCCAUGUCCCCGCUCAGCAACAACAGCCUCUUCCUCAGCUACCACCGCAACCCGCUCCCCGAGUACCUGUCCCGCGGCCUCAUGGUCUCUCUGUCCACCGACGACCCCCUGCAGUUCCACUUCACCAAGGAGCCGCUGAUGGAGGAGUACAGCAUCGCCACCCAGGUGUGGAAGCUCAGCUCCUGCGACAUGUGUGAGCUGGCGCGCAACAGUGUGCUCAUGAGCGGCUUCUCCCACAAGGUGAAGAGCCACUGGCUGGGACCCAACUACACUAAGGAGGGCCCCGAGGGGAACGACAUCCGCCGUACCAAUGUGCCGGACAUCCGAGUGGGCUACCGCCACGAGACGCUGUGCCAGGAGCUGGCGCUCAUCACGCAGGCCGUCCAGAGCGAGAUGCUGGAGACCAUCGCUGAGGAGCCGGGUGUGCCGCCAAGCCCCGGGCCUCAGUGAGCACCCCCCAGCUUGGCCGCGCUCUGUCCUGGUCUUCUGCAUGUGUCCAUCCUUCUGUGUCCUGUCCUGCAUGUCUCUGUCCCAUCCCGCCGUGUCUGCCCUCGACACCCGGGGCGAGCAGGGCCUCACCUGUGCCUCAGCCUUGGCUCUGUUCCGACGGUGCUUGGUCACCCCUAUGGGCAUCUAUCUGUCCACAGGCCCUAGGGAUGGUUGUGGGGGGCUGGCCCCUCUAGCCACAGGGGUCCCAUCUGGACAAAUUUGAGCUUGUGUUUUAGUCCCUGUCCAGUUUGUGUGGCUGGGUGCUGUGGGAAGCCGCCGUGUGGACGUGCCUACUCUGGGCAUGGGGCUGCGGGGUCUGUGAGACUCCAGCAGUCCUGGGGCGGGUAGCUGGGCUGGGGGCCCCCUUGCAGCCCUGGCCUCUGCCUCUGCCAGCUCCCUGCCUCUGCUGAUCACUGCCGGCCCCCGGUGCUCCCCGUGCCCUGGGCCAGGCAGCUGGAGGCUCUGGCUCUGCCUGUUCAGGGGCCAUAUCCCCUGUGUGUCCCCUGAGUUUUCACACAACCUGGGUCCCAGCCAGUCCCCCGCAUUACGUUCUGGACCGAGGCCUUUGCUGUGAAAUGCAGUGUUUCGUACAAUCCUGCCUUUCCUAGUGCAUGAGAAAUAAAGAUUAUUUAAGUAA